GAAGGUGCUGCGGGCCUGGCUGUCUCCCAGGAGCGGGCCGUGCCGCGGCAAGCAGCGCUGCAAGCGGCGGAGAAAGAUUUCCACAGUCUUUUGAAAUGGUCGGGCUAGGAAACAGCCGUCGAGGGAUGAAAUCUCCACCUCUUCUAAUAGCUGCGCUUGUAGCUUGUAUGAUCGUUUUGGGUUUCAAUUACUGGAUUGCAAGUUCUCGCAAUGUUGCUCUACAGAGUCGGAUUCUGGAACUAGAAAGGAAAGUCCGCAGGGCGGCAGCAGAGAGAGGGGCUGUUGAACUCAAAAAGAAUGAAUUCCAAGGAGAACUAGAGAAGCAGCGUGAGCAGAUUGAUAAAAUCCAGUCCCUCCACGGUUUUCAGAUGGAAAAUGUCAAUAAAGUGCAUCAGGAUGAGAAGGCAGUGUUAAUGAAUAACAUAACAACAAAUGAGCGAUUUAUCCAGAAUCUAAAAGAACACUUGAUAAAGUUACAGAAGGAAUACGGAAAGCUACAACUGGAUGUGUACCAGUUUCAGAAAAACCAGACUAACCUUCAGAAGAAAUUUUCCUAUGAUAUGUCCCAGUGCAUCAGUCAGAUGAAAGAGUUAAAAGAACAAUGUGAAGAAAGAAUAGAUGAGAUCACAAAAAAAGGCAGUGAGGCACCACAGGCCAAGGAAAUCAAAGAAUUGUUGAAAAAUUCCAACAAAAACUACCAGGGUAAUAUUCAGCUGCCAACUUUUAAUCGACCGGAGCUCCAGCUGCAUGACCUGGAAGAGCAGAAAGGAGAUGAGGAGCAAGAGAAGAACAAAAUUCCUGGAAAUGUAGCUCUAGAAGCAUCAAAGCCAACACCCAGUGUAAAAAAGGUACCAGAGAUUGAGUCUCAUGAAGACAAAGAAGGGACACGUGAUCUGGUUGCGGUGAACAAAGAGGAGCCUAAAACAGAAGAUGAGAAGCUUUUUGUUGAUCAAGGACCCCCACAUGAUUCAGCCAAGAGUGCCAUGGAUCAUGAGGAACUAUCUCCUGAACUAGGAAAGGAAACGAAUCCAUAUGAGGGGGUAAAUGUUCUUAAAGAAGGUGAUGCAGAAAGGGAGUCUGUCAAAAUGCAAGAACCACCUGCAGGCCAUGCUGUCAAUCAAGAAAAUGCUGCCAAUGAAGAAGUGGAGCGGGAGCACCUCUUAAAUUAUGAUGCUCAGCCGGAUGACCAGGAGCCCAAUCAGCAUGAUAAACAGGGAGCCGAAGCAGCAAACCAGAACAACAUAGCAGUUGACUACAACUUAGAUGAAAAUGAGGCUGAAUCUGAAACUGACAAGCAAGCAGCACUGACAGGCAAUGAAAAUAACUUGCAUGUAGCCCAAAAUCCUGAAGAUCCGAAUAUGAAGAACCACUUAUUUGAUCAAGGUGAAGAGGAGAGACAGAGGCUGUGA